UCACGAACACGGCUUCGCCGCAGGUCGUCCGGGCGACUGACAGCUCUUCUCGUCCAAAGGGCAGCCUACAAACAUGGCAGGGGAAACGGAGGAUGAAAUACCCGAGUCGGGCGCCGUCUUCACGUUCGGGAAAAGCAAGUUUGCGGACAACGUGCCCAGCAAGUUCUGGCUGAAGAACGACACGCCUGUGCGGGUCUGCUGCGGCGACGAACACACGGCGCUGGUGACAGAAAAUGGCAAGCUCUAUAUGUUUGGCAGUAAUAACUGGGGUCAGCUGGGCCUGGGAACAAAGAGCACAGUGAACAAACCGACGUGUGUGAAAGCUUUGAAAUCAGAGAAAGUAAAGCUUGCAGCUUGUGGACGCAAUCACACAAUAGUGUGCACAUCACGGGGCAACGUAUACACUGCCGGUGGGAACAGCGAGGGCCAGCUGGGCCUUGGCCACUACGAAGAGCGCACAACCUUCUGCCAGCUGGACUUCUUCACCGGCCAUGUCUCAAUCAAAAUGCUUGCGGCCGGAUCCAAUACCUCUGCGGCUCUCACCGAGGAUGGGCGGCUGUUCAUGUGGGGUGACAACUCCGAGGGUCAAAUUGGCCUGGGCAAGGAGAGCAACGCCUUGGAGCCCAAGGAGGUGACUGUUGGGAGGCCGAUAUCCUGGGUCUCCUGUGGAUACUACCACUCGGCCUUUACUACUGUUGAUGGGGACCUCUUCACAUUUGGGGAAUGUGACAGUGGGAAGCUGGGGCUGCCUGCUGAGCUGCUGGAAAAACGCAGAAUCCCACAGAUGGUGCUGGGCAUCCCAGAUCCGGUCAUCCAGGUGGCUUGUGGAGGGGGACACACUGUGGCAAUUACAGAGGAUGAGCUGUACACUUUUGGACUUGGCCAGUUCGGGCAGCUGGGCCAUGGGACUUUCAUCUUUGAGUCCUGUCUCCCCAAGGCCGUGGAACACUUCCGCAAGCGAAGGAUCAGUUUCGUGGCGUGUGGGGAGAACCACACGGCUGUGAUCACGGACAAUGGCCUUCUCUAUACCUUCGGUGAUGGCCGACAUGGGAAACUGGGGCUGGGGGAGGAGAAUUUCACCAACCAGUUCAAGCCAACGCUGUGUGCACGGUUCCUGAAGUACUACGUGCAGUCGGUGACAUGUGGUGGGUGUCACAUGCUGGUGCUGGCCACACCCCGGUCAAAGCAGGCUGAGGAAGUGUCUUUGGAAGAGGACGAUGUCACUGAGAACUUCCUAGAAGAGUCCUACACCCAAGUACUAGCAGACACUUCUGCUCCAAGCACCCUCCGGAGGAGUCUGUCUGCACGGGUCCGACGCAGGGAGAGGGAGCGCUCACCAGAGCAGUUUGGACUGACGCUUCACACUUUGCCCCCCCUGAAGUCGGGUUUCCUCAACGCUACCCUGCCUGUGCCCAGCCGCACGAUGCCAGCCCUGCACCUUCUGAAGGAUGCACCCGACGGGCUGGAGCAGAACUCCCUGCACCCACAGACAGGGUCCACCUUCCUUAGGCCAGAAAACACAGCGCAGGAGGAGGAGGCAGCGGGCGAGCAGACCUAUGCCCCCGACACUGUGGACGACGCUGAAAGUGUGAAAGGCCUUGGGGACACCACAGACCUGCUGAACCUGACUCAUGUUAUGAAGGUGGAUCCCAGUGACAACACCUUGACCCUAUCUCCAGUCCAGAAGGACAAGGUAAGCCUCAUGUUCUCUCAUGUUCAAAUGAUAUCUGUCUCAAAAACUUACCCAGAAUAUGCCAGGACAAAAAGCAUCAGGGAGCUGAAUCUGAAAGAAGUGGAGCAGGUGGGUGCUGUCACUGAGGUGGCACCUUCAAUCCCCAAAAGCCUGAACAGACCUGAAGCUGAAAAGUUUACCAGUGAGCGAGGGGUUGCAGACUACGCAAAAAGUGAGGGAGAAAAUGAGGGAGGAGAGGAUGAAAGGGAGGAUGAUGUUGAAGAUGUGAGAGAAGGGAAGGCAAAGAGUGAGGAUGGUGAGAUAGAGGAAAUAGGUGAGGAAGAUACUCAGGUGAUUGAUGGUGAGGAAGAAAAUGAGGGAGAAAGUCAAGAUGACAUGGAAGGACUAGGAGAAUUAUCAGAUGAAGGUGAAAUAGAAAGUGAGGAAGAUGACAGAUUUAACAUGAAUGGGGAAAUUGAGGCAGGGGAUAGCAAAGAAGGUGAGGAAGAUUUAAGUAAUGUAGAAAGGGAAGGAGAAAGUGAGGAUGACAUAGGACAAGAAGAGGAAGGAGGUGAUGAAGCAGGGAAUGAGGAAGCGGCAGUCAGUGAGGUACAAAGUGAGGAUGAAAUAGAAGUGGAAGAAGGUGAAGAAAGGGAAGAGGAGGGAGAAGAUGAGGAUGACGAGGAAGAAGUUGUUGAAGAAAGGGAAGAAUUUGAAGAAGAUGAGAAAGUUAGUAAGACAGAAAAGGAGGGAGAAAGUGAAGAUGAAGUGAGGAGAGAAAAGGAGAUUGAAGAAAGUAAGGACGAAGAUUAUGAAGGGAGUGAGAAAGAGGAAGUAGUUCAGGUACAAACAGAGAAUGAAGUGGAGGAAGAAGAGAAUGAAGUGGAAGAAGAAGAGGAAGAAGGUGAGGAAAGAGAAGAGGACGAAAGAGAAGGUGAUGAAAGGGAUGAGGAAGAGGAAGGUGAGGUACAAACAGAGAAUGAAGUGGAAGAAGAAGAAGAAGAAGGUGAGGAAAGAGAAGAGGAAGAAAGAGAAGGUGAUGAAAGGGAUGAGGAAGAGGAAGGUGAGGUACAAACAGAGAAUGAAGUGGAAGAAGAAGAGGAAGAAGGUGAGGAAAGAGAAGAGGACGAAAGAGAAGGUGAUGAAAGGGAUGAGGAAGAGGAAGGUGAGGUACAAACAGAGAAUGAAGUGGAAGAAGAAGAGGAAGAAGGUGAGGAAAGAGAAGAGGACGAAAGAGAAGGUGAUGAAAGGGAUGAGGAAGAGGAAGGUGAGGUACAAACAGAGAAUGAAGUGGAAGAAGAAGAGGAAGAAGGUGAGGAAAGAGAAGAUGAUGAAAGGGACGAGGAAGAGGAAGGUGAGGUACAAACAGAGAAUGAAGUGGAAGAAGAAGAGGAAGAAGAUGAGGAAAGAGAAGAGGAGGAAGAAGGUGAGGGAAGGUAUGAGAAAGAGCAAGUAGGUGAGAUACAAGCUGAGGAUGAACUGGAGGGAGAUGAAGAGGUAGAUGAAAUGCAAACUGAGAAUGAAGUGGAGGGAGAAGAAGAGGAAGAAGAUGAGGAAAUUGGAGAAGGGGUAGUAGAGGCUGAUGAAGGGGAAGAGGAAAUUGGUGAGAUAGAAACUGAGGAUGAAGUAGAGGAAGAAGAAGAGGAGGAAGGUGAAGAAAUGGAAGAGGAGAAAGCAGAGAGUGAUGAAGAGGUAGAAACUGAGCAUGAAGUGGAGGAAGAAGGUGAGAAAAUAGAAGAGAAGGAAGUAGAGAGUGAUGAAGGGAAAGAGGAAGAUGAUGAGGUCGAAACUGAGCAUGAUGGGGAGGGAGAAGAAGAGGAAGAAGUUGAAGAAAUGGAAGAAGGGGUAGUAGAGGAUGAUGAAGGGGACAUUGGUGAGGCAGAAACUGAGGAUGAAGUGGAAGAAGAAGAGGAAGGUGAUGAAAUGGAAGAGGAGGAAGUAGAGAGUGAUGAAGGGGAAGAGGAGUUUGAUGAGGUACAAACUGUAGAAGAGGAAGAAGGAGAGAAAGGGGAGAAUGAAGAAGAAGAGGAGGAGGAAGAAGAAUCUGACGCAGAAGGAGUAAAUGAAGGUGAGGUAGGAAGACAGGAAGAGGCUGAUGGAGGAAGUGAGGAUGACAUCGGGGAGGCAGAAGAAAGUGAUGAGGCAGUGAGUGAGGGUGUGGAUGAAGAGGAGGGAGAAGAAGAAAACAAUGUAACAGAGGAGAGAAAAGAAAAUGAUAGUGAGAUACAAGGAGAAGAAGAAGGUGAUGACGUGAAUAAAAGGGAGGGUGAAGAAGAAGGUCAAAUAAAAGGAGAAGGUGAUGAAAAAAGAAAAGCACAGAAGCAGCAUGAGACAAGGGAGGGAUGUAAGGUAGUUGAGGGAGAGGCUGAAAGUGAAGGCAAGAAGAGUGAGGGUGGAGGUGAAGAAUGUGAGUAUGACACAAGAGAAUUAAGAAUAUUAAGUGGUAAAGAGGGAAUUGGCAGUGAUAAACAAGAUGAUGAAGAGGAUGGAGGAAAGGACAAAAGGGUAGCAGAGGCUGAUAAGGAAAAGGUACAAGAUAAAGCAGAAAUGGAACUAAAAGGAAAAGGUGCAGAAGAUGAGAACAGUGCUUGGGGAGAUGAGAAUGAAUGGAAUAUGUCAGAUAAAGAGGAAAUAGGGGAACUAGAAAUGGAUGAGGAAGAAGAUGAUGAAGAGGAUAAGGAGGAGGAGGAAGGUAAAGAAGAAGCAGAGGAGGAAGAAACAGAGGAACCAGAAGAAAAGGAAGAAGGUGAAGAGGAACUGAAGCGGGAAGGUAUUAAAAAAAAGGAACAUAUGAAAGAAAGCAGUCAAAAAACAAGAGAGGACAUGGAGGAGGAGGAAGAAGAAGGAUAUGAGGAAGAAGAGGAGGAGGAAGAUGAGGAAGGGGAAGAAGGGGAGGAGGAAGAUGAAGAGGAAAAUGAAGAGGACUCAGAGGAAGAAGAACUGAAAACCGUAGAAAAGAUUCGGAAAGAUAGACAAAUCCAAAAAUCUGAAAUGGUGUCUUCAAGCAAGAAGAGUGAGGCCAAGGGCUCUACUUCUUCAAGUAAGAUCAAGCAGAGGGCUGCAAGUGGUGGGAAAGAACAGGUGGCCAAUGGGACAGGGGAACAAUUCUGGAACAAUGUUCUGCCUCAGUACCUCAACCUCAAGUGA